AUGGCUGGAAACAACUCGACAGACAUCCUGAUUGCCGGCGCAUUCGCUGCUUUCACCGUCGACUUGUUCGUCUAUCCUCUCGACACUCUCAAGACCAGGUUUCAGUCGCCAGACUACAACCGGCUCUACCUUGACAAGGCGACAAAUGCUGUCAACAAGCAAGUCCUCUUCAGAGGCCUCUACCAAGGCGUGGGCAGCGUCAUCAUAGCCACCCUUCCGUCCUCAGGAGCCUUCUUCACCACCUACGAGGGCGUCAAGUCCACCUUCACCAAAUACAACCCGACCCUCUCCGGCUCCUCCUCAGCAUUACUGCCACAGCCCCUCAUUCACUCGGCCGCAUCCUCAAUCGCAGAGCUGGUCUCUUGCGCCAUCCUUACUCCCGCCGAAGUCAUCAAGCAAAAUGCGCAAAUGGUCGACACUGCAAGAGGCGACAAGGUCAACGCGACGCUCCAGACGAUAGCCAAGUUCAGGUCAAAUCCGCUGGCUCUGUGGAGAGGCUACACGGCCCUCGCAGGACGCAAUCUACCAUUCACUGCCCUGCAGUUCCCAAUCUUCGAGCGACUGAAAGAGGGCAUCAAGAAACACAGAGAGGACAGAGGAACUCGGACAAACACCUUGCUGGAGAAUGGUCUGAUCACAGCCGCCAGUGCUGGCACCGCUGGUGCUUUCGCCGCUGUCGUCACGACUCCCGUGGACGUGGUCAAGACUCGCAUCAUGCUUGCUGCGGCAUCAAGUGCAGCGGAAGAUCAGGCCAACGACAGCAAGACGAAGCCAAAAGGACCAGUCGACGCGACAGGGCGCCCGGUCAAGAGUAGUGGAAAAGGUCUUAAGGGUCCCGUCUCAAGGAAAGGCAGCAUCCAGAUCGCCAAGGAGAUCAUCGCGGACAAGGGUGUCAUCAAGGGUCUCUUCCGAGGCGGUGCGCUGAGAGCCGUGUGGACACUGAUUGGAUCUGGUCUCUAUCUCGGUGUCUACGAGACCGGUCGCGUCUACUUGGCACAGCGACGAGGUGAGGAUAUCGACGACGAGGAUAUCUGA